UGUUAACAUAUUUUGUAUCAUAUUAUACAUAUAUAAAUUCAAAUUGAUUUUAAUAAUUUAUUUUAAUUGUUUUUAACCCAAUUGGGUUUCAACAGCACCUUAAACCACUCCCUUAUUUAUUUUUCAAACAUAUUCAAAUAAUACGAUGAUUGAUUUUUAAAACAAUAAACCAUUAUGUCUUCACUAUUUAACCAGAACCAGUUUCCCCAAGCCAACACCACUGGUGGAUUUUUAGGCAAUACAUCUAAUUUUUUAAAUAAUCCAGGAUCUGGACUAAAUAAUCCUCUCGGCUACCAAAAUGUAGGUUUAGGGAGCUUUCCACAGCAACAAGUACUUGAUUCUAGGUCCUCAGUGCGACAACUGACUACUUUGAUUCCAGAAUGGAAGGGUCAUUUUGACCUCGCGGAUGUGCUAAUGACUUCUCAGGAACAGCAUUUAAACAAUGUUAGCCUUAUGUUAUCACAGUUGUAUGACCUUUACUCCAAAUUUCAAUCAGCAUUUGACUAUGCAAAAACAUCACUUAACGACAUAAACCUGCAACAAGAUAAACUGAACGAGGACUUAAACGAAAGGCUCAGGUGUCAGGACCUUCAGAAUCUUGUGACCAUAAAGUCCAGGAGAUUGUGUGAGAACGUGAUUAGCACUCGAGGAACAAACGAUAUGUCGUCUGUUUUCCGGAUACCGAACCAUAUUAACGUCCAGUUAUCUAGGGAAUUGUAUGAAAGAGUGAGACAGUUCCGAAGUGAAGUGGAGUAUAUCCAGAAUGAGGUCCAACUUUUGAAGGAAAUCGAUGUGUUCCAAGCACCAAACUUUAUAGAAUCUGUUCUAAACAGUCAUAAUGUUAGAAUCAAAACACUGGGAGACAUGAUAUCAAACCUUUUGAAAAAAGCUGAAAAAUCACUUAAUAUGGACUUAAAAUCACACCUUUGGUCUGGAAUUGCAGCUGACAUUAGUGUUUUGAGAUCAGAUUUUUUAAACGCCAUAGGACUUGAUAAGCCAAAACCACCUGAAUCUGACUCUUCUCAGCACUCUGAAGUUAAGAAACAGAUCCGUUACCUGAGGAACUUUAACUCUUCAUACAAUGACCCGAACUUCCCUUACCUAAAGGAUUACGGAUAUAAUAUCAAAGAUUUACUCACAAACUUUGUCCCUAAUCAAAGCGUUUCACUUCAAGGCGUUAAUAUGGGCGCUACUAAUACUGGUGCUUUAUUUGGCGGUUCUCAAUUUGGAACCUCAAAUUUGACUGCACCCUUUGGAGCCACCUCUGGGGCUACACAACCUGGAGGGUUAUUUGGCACUAGUCAAAAUUUAACUAGUCAACCAGGUGGGCUCUUUGGUAGUACUCAAACUGGUACUACUGGCUCAGGUUUAUUUGGUACUACUACUGGAUUAGGAUCAACAACUGGUACGGCUGGCACUGGCUUAUUUGGCAGUACUACUGGUCUAGGCUCAACCCCAGGUACUGCAGGUUCAGGGCUAUUCGGUAGCACCACAACUCAGCCUGGAACUACACAACCUGGAGGAUUAUUUGGUUCAAACACUGGAACAACGACGGGUACAGGCCUGUUCGGCAGUACUACUGGACUUGGAACCACCACUGGUACUAGUGGUACUGCAGGGUCUGGUUUAUUCGGUAGUACAACGACUACCACAGGAUUAGGCAAUACAGUUACAACUGGCACUGGGUUAUUUGGGUCAACUACUCCCGCUACUGGAACUAGUCAGCCUGGAGGUUUAUUUUCAACCACACAAAGUGUAACCACACAGCCAGGUGGGUUAUUUGGAUCUACCACUGGCACCACUUCAUCAGGCUUAUUCGGUAGUACCACUGGUCUUGGUACUACUUCUGGAACAACUACUGGAACUGGAUUAUUUGGCAAUACAAACACUGGUUCCGCAUUUGGUACGACUUCCACAACUGGCACUGGCCUAUUCGGGUCCACCACCACUACUGGCACAUCAUUUGGCAACACUACAACUGGAACAACAUUUGGUUCCAGUAAUACGGGGACUGGAUUUGGUUCCGGCACUACUUCAGGUUUAUUCGGGUCUACCACUACAUCUUCCGGGUUUGGUACAAACACUGGUACAGGAUUCGGUACUGGUGGAUCAAGUUUGUUUGCCAGUAACCAGCAAAAAUCACCAGGCACAGCCUUGGCUAUUUAUAAUCCAAAUACAAACACAGGCCUAGGAACGUUUAAUAGGACAUAACACAUCGCACAUAAUUUUAAAAUUAAUAUACUCACGUUUUUUA